UGCUCUCUUUUAAUAGAGGCUUUCUCAGUAAAAGCAAAGUGUGCUAGGAGAUAUUGAGGAGGUAGUGUGCUGUGUGUUGGGAAGAUAAACAAGUAAACAAAAGUGAUGUUGUGGAACUUGGUAUCAAGGGCAUAUGUGGGAAACAUGGCAGUUUGUAGAUUGAAUCAAAGAGAUGCAGUAAUACCAAGAUAGUACCACACUCGUGGUUAUUGCUUAACUUAAUCAACAGAGGAACUCCUUCAAACAGUUCCCGUCCAGGACCCAUCAGCAAUGAUCUCUGGUGGAAUCUCCCAACAACCAGACCUGUUGCAGUUCUCCUUGGCAACCAUUGACCAAUCACAGCUCCAGGAGGACCUUUCACCCAGCACCUUGCCGAGCAACACAUCAGAGAGCAUGUCUAUUGACUCCACUCAAGUCAGUGGGAGCAUAGCCGCUGUAAAGACUGUUGCCAAGAGUUCCCCAAAGAAGGGAGGAGUCAAAACAAAAGGGGAGGAGGAGAUGGAACAGAAGCCAAGAGUAGAUGAGGUUCCUCAGCUACCAGAUGUUAAGGAAUUACUGGUCAGGAUUCGUUACCGUUCCAAAGAAGUGGUGAGAGACCACAUCAAGAACUCUAAAGGCUGUUUGGCAUUUUACAACAAACCUUGGGAUUUUCAGGUUCCCCAUGAAAAUUGCCCUGCGGGAGUGCAAUUCCCUGAUAUCACCAACGAGGAGGAGGAGGGAAUGACAGAAAGUCAGUUCAAGUUCACAAAGCAAGUCCUGGCAGCCUUAGAGAAGGGGUUGUUUUUGCGAUGCGAUGACUACGGAAACGUCUAUGCAACUCGUUUCUGCCGAAGCAAGAUCUUUUGGUAUAGCACAGAAAAGGGGCCUAUUGCUGAUGCUGAAAUGUCGCGCUCAACUCCCACUGUAACAUUUCAGAAGCUCGAACGCAAUAAAGAAGUCAUGGUUUUUGAUAACAUGCUGUUUCAGAAGAAGCUGUUACAUUACGUCAUCAACAAGCCGACUUUCCAGAAGGAACAAACAACCAACAAACACACCAUACCCAUCAGCCCAGCCAUCUUCUUUACAUUCGCGCAGUCUUGGAAUCCCUUGACCAGCGCCCUCAGUAGCUGUCUAGUGUCCAUGGUAGUCAAUCCAGUAAAAGCCAGGAUGCAGCGUCAAUGGGGGAAUGAGGACCGCCAUGAAUCGUACGAUUUGAGUAACUACAGGGCUCAGAUCUCAAGUCAAAGCGGGCUUCACAUGCCAGAGCCAAACGUUACCAGCAUGAAGAAUUAAACCUGCUGACCUAUGAAAACAAUUACACUGCAUCUUUGGCAGAGUAUGAUGAAGAACCAACAUCCCCAGGCCACUCAAUGACCCUUGAUUGGUUUAGUCUGGUGUCCAGACUCAUCAACUCAACCAUAUGACAUCUGAAUGAUAGAAAGAGAGGUAAAAUACACAUGCAUGAGCACUCCUGUGUCCUUGGAUGUGUCUGGUCAAGGUAUUGGUUAGAUGUCUCUUAGCUGGCCUUGGAAGCUUUGCAGUGUCACUGUGUAAAUUGUGCAACUCUGGAUCAUUUGUACAGCUUUGAGCUUAUAAAUAUUUAUCAUUAACAUUACUGUGUGUAGUACCGUUACCAAGGUGUUAUCUGUCACAUUGUUACUUCGUAUUCCUGAAGUUGUACAGAGGUAGCAUUGCAGCCAGCUUUCUGGAUCAGAAACAACUUCAGUUUAUGAGACCUUGAAUGACAAAUUCUUACACAAGCAACCCUUUGUUCUUAAAAUAAAAUGUGAGGAUUUUUUGUUGGUUAUUUUUUCCUCAUUACAGGAUUCUGUUAACACCCUCACACUAAAACAGUUCCGUUAAACAAAUCUAGUAACUGCUGUCACUGAACCAGGGAAUGUCCAGAUGUCAGAACUCAAAACUUGGUAAAAUAAUUUUAUACAUAUAUAAUAUCUUCUACAAAACAUAUGAGUCAAGAGUUCUCAGGUAAAAUGCUUGUCCAGACUUGGCCAUAAGAAGGUCACAUGACCCUUUUUUGCUCACUAGAGGGAACUUCAUGUGACCCUUUUUUGCUCACUAGAGGGAACUUUAGACCGUUGUUCUACUGCUGACGUAGCAAGCCACCCAUGAACUGAUUUUUCAUCUAUUUAUACAGUGAACAUGUACAUGUCAGCACAGGAUAUUCAUGUUAUGUCUCUUUUUAAAUAUGGGCGAUUCACAAUAGUGGAUCUCCAAGUUUGCAUCGUGUUAGCCAAUCACGAUGCGCGAAAUCUGUAGACCCAAUGCGCAUUUGGAAAGGGUCAAUAGAUUGUGUUUAUUGUGAUUGGCUAAUGCAUUGCAAACUCUUGGAGACACACUGUAGUGAAUGACCCGCAAUGUUUAUCAUUACAGGUUGCGGUCUGUCAACCGCACUCAAAGCUUUGUAGCUUGUAUGUGAAAUAGCAGAGCAGGUGUGUACAGUACGUGGACAUUUGUCUGCUUUUACAGUAAAAUGAUGAUCUUCAUCAUAGCUUACUGUCCAAAAGUAAAGGUGGUAUUUGUAGUGCUUAAAAGUUGUUGAAUAUUUUGUUUAUGUGAAAAAACUCUCUUCUUAUUCAUCUUGUGAAUAUGGGUUUCAUAUUUCUGAUGUCCUUGUAAAUACACAUCGCUAAGUAAAAAGUUGCUAGCAAAAUAAAAUGUAAUAUAGAAGGGAUGAUUAAUUCUGUGAGAAUCUUACAGCACUUUGUAAUUGAUGUUGUUGUUGCUAGUUUGUUCCAUUUGAAGGGAUACUCUGAAUAUCCUUCCAUCCACACACCCCUCACAACUUUCCCCAUAUUUCUGUUAGGGUACGUUUUCAACUUUCACGUGGCAUUAUUUAUUGUAAAUUACCUGUAAAUGUUCAUGCUUAAACUGUCUCUUUGCUUGAGUGAUUUCUUUCAUACCACGGUUUUCCAGAACAAAUUGGUCAUGGAUGGAGACACCUCCGAUGGCUUUUCACAUGCAAGGAAGACUAGGCAAUGAGAUUGGAGACAUGAUUGGUCUCCUAAUCCAUGCUGAAGUCCAGACAUCAGUACUUCAGUCUAAUACGUAAUUAAGAGAAUUGUGAGAAUUUGGACACUUUGUGGACGUGCUGUUAGAAUGGAGGCUUACGUACAUUGAGUGCAGGGAAAGGCCAUUACAGGGAAUGUGUCUCGUUUUAAAAGAGUGCCCUCAAAUAGUCACAUACCACCCAUGAGGCAUCACCUUCCAAAUGUUCUAUUGAUGGCCACUUCAUGAGGUUUUGUGGACAUGCAGUUGUUGCUUUAGAGUUGUAUGCAUUGCGCAGUUAAAGAUUCAAAUCAUUAACUUGCAGUGAAUGAAAUAAAGUAAUUGGUGCCUAUUUAACUCUUUGUGUUGUUUGACCCAUUGUGUGCCAUGUAAAGUCAAACUGUAAUUUUUCCAAUUGAUCUUAGAUUUGGGGGGACUUAUAAGAUUUUUUCCUUCUAUGUACCAAUUUCACGGAAGCAUAAUAUUUCAACUCUCCCUGAUAUAAAACAAAUGAAUUUACAAAAUGUGAUGCGCCAUUUUGGUUUCUUCAGAAUCUUCCAGUCAUGCAUAGUCUGUUUCAAUGGGUUUUAUAGCUAAAUACAAUUUUAUGAGCCAAUAAAGUGAAAACUGAAGUUGAAGGACA